AUGCCUGGAUAUGAGUUAUCUUCGGCGGACCGAUCAGUUAUCGACAAAAAGAAUUUAUGUCCUAAAUGUGAGGGUCUCCUUAGAGAAGCUGUGCAAACAAUAGCGUGUGGACAUAGAUACUGCAAAACAUGCGUGGAAACGAUUCUUUGGUAAGCACGUCAGGUCCUUGGUAUAGGGACUUCAAGCAACGACUACUAUACUGAAGUUUCUGGUACUGUGACCUGAAGUCAUUUUUCCCUCCACGCGUCAAUGCCUCUCGACAGCAGUGCAAAGUUGUUGAUUUGCUAAUUAAACCUGAUCAGAUCUAACCGUACCACGCUCCCCGAAUACGUUGGAGAUCAUGGUGGGCCGUAGUGUGAAGUACAUAUUCAUUUAGCUGCAUUUUCAUGCUUAGUGCUCCAGUGCUUAAAACAGAAUUGCACGACUUACGCAUUUUAUAAUUUUUUUUGUUAUCCUUGGUAACUUUUGAAGGCUUAGUUUACGAUUAUAAUCCCCAAAUUCGGUGUCAGGCACGACAUCCAAUUCGCAAAUGAAAAAUACAGCCAUAAAUACACAAAAUAACAAAAUAUAGUAGACGGUUAAGAGGAUACACUUCAGGACUUCAGUAAGUGUUGUGGGUAACCGAGGGCUAAUAAAACACAAGGAAACCUUGAAAACUUUUGCACAACUUGCAUAAUACAUUUCUUUGCCGCCGGGGGUUACUACACGACUUCAGCUUCAGGAGAGUUCGUCUACAUUUGAAAAGUAAACGAGCUGGAAUGAUCGCGAUAAAGACUCAGAAAGUAAUGUGAAUUCAAUUUUUAAGCGUCGUUUUCCCCGCUAUCGCAGUCGUAGUAUCUGUAACUCGCUACUUGAGGCAUAUUUGACGCCUACCUGGAAAAAAAUUACUUCCGGUUACCGUGCUAUACGCUCCGGUAGUCAUUACUUAAAAUUCCUAAUUGUCUUAGGCAGUUGAAAUAUGUUACUUCCUAACGUAAGUAGAUUUAAAUACUGUAGAUUAAUAUGACUGAUAUAAUGCGCAUAAUUACAAAUGUUGUAGACUGCGUGGCUAAUGUAGUGCUGAUAAAUGGUAAUUAUACUUCAAGCCCAGGUUAUUCAAAAGGUGCAUAAUGCUAUCCAGUGGAUAAAUCACUUUCCAGUGGAGAAAGCAAUUUAGUUUCUUUAAUACUUAUCUACUGGAUGGUGAUCUAUCCGGUGGAUAGCGCUAUCCAACGUUUGAUGAACUUGGGCCAGGUGAAAAUGAAUUUACUACUGAACAGUUGACUGGCCAACCAAAAAUCGGAUAACUAUCCGAUAAUCAUGUAUUCUUCGUAUUACUGGUUGAUACACUGUGAUCCCUGUCCCUACUAAAUUUACAGGCAAGAAGUUGGAAAGUGUAUCAUCGAUGGAUCAGAUAUUCAUAGAGAACAGGUAAUUGCCUUUUUUUUCGAUCAUGAGAUUUGUCCUUACUGAAAGAUCCUGAAUACAUACUACGACGGUCUGAAACAAGGCACACUUCCGUUUUAGUUUAGCCUGGAUAACAGGCACUUUAUGAGGCAAGCGAGGCGAAAGUGGCAUUUCUUAUGCGGGUUUUUUAAUUAAUCUGAGUACGUAUAAAGUGUUUUCACUCACGUGGUCAGCGUCUAUGCAAAUUUAUUGGAACAAAAGAAAGCGUUUGCAUAAAAUGAAAGGAGUUCAACUCCCACAGGCCUGGUUUGGGACAUCAACACCCACCAACAUGGCCGCCGUUUCAUUGUUUGGCCGCCAUGACGUCAUGUGAAAACACUCUAUAUAUUAACCGCGCGCUACCCGAUUAUCAUGCUGCAUCCUCAUCCCCAUUUCGAUCCAUUUAGAUUAGCUCAGUCGGAAGAGCGCUGGAAUUCUGAGCGGGAGGAAUCGUCAGAUCAUGUCUCAGUUGGGGUAAUCACGUCACUUGGCGAUGACAUCCUUCUCUCUCAGGAGACGCAAUACCACUCUCUUGUUCGAAAAGAAUAGGGGAAGUCUCUCCGUUGGUGUGGUCCACCUCCACCUCUACCAUCACAUCACUCCAGUCGCCAUAUAUAUCAGACAUAAAGCUCAUAAAUGGACCGAAAGCGGACGUCAGUGGUGCCAUUUUACCGCUGACGUCCUAUUGCAUUGUUAAUAGAGAGAUUCAAAAUCACGUUUACCGCAAACGGCAAAAUGCCAAUUUGAACAACGUGACCAUUGACCAUUUCUCAUUUUCUAAUUUAAGAAAUUUUCAACUUGAAUCUGAGGUUUAAGGUUUGUCGUUAACUUGCUUCUAAUCCCUCUCUAAUAUAUCACCUAAAGAGGAAACAUAAUGUUGUCUUAUCCGUCACCUUCGAAAUUAUUUGCCAACCUUUUCGUUAUUUCACUCUGCAUGGGUCAAGUAGUAGAUGACAUUUUCGUGACUAGUAUAGGCUUCGUACCCUUGUUUGAACAAAAAAUUCAAGGAUUUUCAAGGAUACAUUCAGUGCCGCAAAAAAGAGCCUUGAGUCUGUUUUUUUAGUUCUUCCGCCAACAUGAGUAAUUUUAUCCCGAAGGUCUUUUUGUGUUUGCUUUUUUUCUUUAAUUUUGAAUUAUACUUAAACUAUAAGGUUAGCAUUGAAAUUCAAGGACUUUCCAGCACCGACUGCAAUUUUCAAGGACUUUCAAGGCCUUGAAUUUUUAUUUUAAAAUUCAAGGGCUUUCAAAGUGCGUGCGAAAUAUUAUGAUAGAAAUUCUUUGUUUCGUAUCACUCUGCAGGUAUUUUUGGACCGCUUUGUCGAGCGUGAAAUACAGUCACUGUUGGUCCAUUGCAUUCAUCAAGAAGAAGGAUGUGAUUGGAAAGACGAGCUUAGAAAACGAGAGGUAACAACUAAACUUCAAUAUGAUGUUUAAAGUGAGUCAAGAUCUAUACCCACUUUGAGCCCCACUGACAAGAGGGGUCCCAGUGGGGUUAAUCUGUAGCCGUGAAACCCUAAAAAGCAGUCACUCGUGAGGCAAAAAAAGCAUGUAUAAUAAAACGUUUUUACCGUACACCUUGUCAUGAAAGUGCCAAGAUCCCUUUAAAAGAUUUUUUGUCUUGUCUUGGGGCUAAUGAUUCUAUUAUGGUACUAAACAGACCACCCAUCUUAACCAUAGGCUUUACUGUGAUACCCGUGCUUGUAUCAGCUGGAUUUUGUACGAAAUAUGUAGAGAUGUAGAUGUAAUAAACGCGAUAAAGUGUUUUUCAAUUAGGCCAAAGUAGUUUAGGGCGCACGAUUUACUCCGUGUUUUGGCGCAGGAAUCUUAUCCGCGCGUGUAAGAACAUUAUCGGAGUAAUGAGGCAAUCUUCAAUUUGGCCAAAGAAGUAUAGGGCGCAUGAUUUAAUCCUUGUUUUGGAACAGGAAUCUUAUCAUCGGGGGUCAGAAUUAUCGAAAUAAAGCGAUUUCAAAUUUGUCCUAGGUAGUAUAGUUCUUUUUCAACAUGCUAAUGAAGUCUCAGCAAAUACUGUAAAUAACAGAAAACAAAACAAAAUUACUUGUAGUCUCGUGCGUCUUUCUUUUGUCGGUAAUGGCAACAAAACAUUUCCUCUGAGUUCCAGUUAAUAUUUUUUUCUGGUUUUACAAUGAUCCUAGCUGGAAAGUUGCCGAUUCUACAAUACAAUUCUUCGCGUAUUGUUUUAAAUUAUCGUUAUUAUUAUCUCGUCCAUUAUUGUCAUAAUUGUCAAUUACGUGUUCUCGUGUGUUAGGAUCACGAAGCUGUGUGUGAGUACGUUCAAGUUCCAUGCGUGCAUUCAAGAUGCGGAGAACUGGUGACUAGAUCAAACCUGGUAGAGCAUCUUGAGAAGUCGUGUCAAUUCAGAAUGGAAAAAUGUGACCACUGCCAAACUCUUAUUGAGUUUGCAUUUUUGGAGGUAAGAAUAACUCUACUGAAAUCGGUUGUUUACCUUUAAGUUGUCCUCAUUUGGAACUGGAUCCUGAAGUAAUUAAAGACUCAACGUACUUUUACACCUUCCUUUACAACAAAAAGUUCUGACGCUCAUUGACUCUUUGGAAAUUUCUUCAUGCCUCUAAGCUCCUUCGGUCUCAAAUCGUCAGAAAUCGGUGCUAGUAAAAGGUCUCAUAAAUAUAAGAUCUUUUAACCUAAAUUAAUGGUCUCCAUUUAAAACCAUAAUAGCCUGGAGAGUAUGCUCAUAGCGAUCUCUCGCUUGAUGACUAAUACAUAAUUCAUUGUGCACAGGAACAUCAAGAAUCUCAGUGUCCCUCCGUCCCUGUGACUUGUACAGAAUGUGGGAGAAAGGACAUACCUCGUUCUCAGGUGAGUUAUGUAUGCUCCAAGAAGUUUCCUUCUACCUGGUGUUCUGUUUGUACACAAUCCUCGGAAUAAUGAUUCCAGAUUUAAAUUUGAUCUGCAACGGACGCGUAAAUGUGUAAACGGGUUCUUAACAGCUAGCUCCUCAACAGUAACACUGGAAUAAUACGUUUGAGACGUGAUGUUGGCUUCUAUCUUUCUUACUCAGAUGUGUGCCCACAUUGAUCUGGUAAAUGGAGACUGUGAGGAAUUACAAUCAAGUUGUCCAUGGACACAAAUUGGAUGCCGUGAGACUAAGGUAUGCAAAUACUUGAGAUUACUUUAGUUAGGAGGGGAUCGCGCAUUAAAUGGAUCAACGUUGAAAAAACAAUUACCCUGAUAGUUUUUUGCGUGAAUGGUUACCACACUUAAGGAGAUGCCACGACUUUGCCUUGCCAGAGGGAUAUCAGCCUGGUUGUUUGUAAGGAAUGGUGUGGGUUGGGUGGGUUUGUGGGGGUUAUACGUCAGUGGUAGAUCUGAUAUGCUUUUGUCUACUAGAGUAAACUCAUAUUGAAGGGUCCUUAGAUUGUGCAGGUAAGAGAAGAAAAGAAGUCUCCGGAAUGCUCAAUACUGAGUCGUGAUCGAAGCUAGCUAUGACCCACUUUUGGAUCCACUUGAAGUUUGACUGCAUGCUCCAAGUCAGCAAUCACGCGGACAUUUCUAGAAGGGCUGCGUGUUUAUUAAUUAGUUUCUAAGGAUUAAUACACUAUGUCGUUGUCGUUUUUUUCUAAGACUAUGAAGCUGCAGGAACGAAAAAUGCAUGAAGAGGAAAAUUCUUCCGGUCACUUGAUGCUCCUGUUUCAGACAGUAAUGCAGCUUUUCUCGAUGGUUGGGAAGACCAUGCGGGAGUCUGGUCUCGUGUCAAUGAAUGGCGUAAAUCUACCAAAACAGAAAGAUUUGGAACGCUAUGCUAAACAAGUUGAGAAUACACUGAAAGAGAAUGAACAACUCAAAUCAAAACUGGCUCAACAAGAAGAAAGAAUAAGUCAACUGGAAAGUUCGAGACAGAACAGGUCAAACUCAGCAUCGGCAUUUGAUUUAACGUUUGCCAAGGAGCUCUUACAGAAGAUAAAUACCGAAGAAGGAAAGACGGCAAAUCUCGAGCUUUUGCUUGUUGAAGGAAACAGAUUAAAUGAAGAACUACAAAGAAAGGUAUCUACCGUAGCCAGGCAACAGGAGUCUUCGAAUGGAACAACUGAUCGGCUACAAAGACAGUUCGAGUCCAUGAGUCACUCACUAGCACUGCGUAAUGUUAUGCUGACAGAUUUGGACGAAUACGUGAAGCAGCAGGAAGUCUCCAGUCACGAUGGAAUCUUGCUUUGGAAAAUCACUGAGUUCGCUAAAAAACGGCAAGACGCCGUGUCCGGGCAUCAGACGUCAUUUUACAGCCCUUGCUUCUUUACCAGUCGCUAUGGAUACAAGAUGUGCGCGCGCAUCUACUUGAAUGGUGAUGGUAUUGGAAGAGGGACACAGAUCUCGGUAUUCUUUGUUGUCAUGCGAGGUGAAUACGAUGCGUUACUCCGCUGGCCUUUCAGACAGAAGGUUACGUUCAUGCUGCUGGAUCAGAAUAACGUAGAACACGUGAUCGAUUCCUUCAGACCUGACCCAAACAGCUCAUCCUUCCAGAGACCAAGAAGAGAAACUAACAUCGCUAGUGGAUGCCCUACAUUCUGUCCCUUGUCGGAGUUAAACGAUCAUGCCUACGUCCGAGACGAUACUAUGUUUCUGAAGGUCAUAGUCGAUACGACAGAUUUAUAA